AUGACGAUCAGCAGGAAAAGAAUGUCUAUUUUGAUUCUUUUUUUUCCUUCGGAUUUUGCUUUAUUCUCUCUCUCUCUCUCUCUCUCUCUCUCUCUCUCUCUCUCUCUAGGGAGUUACCGUUCUUCUUCUUAUUAUUAUUAUUAUUCUUUUUCUUCUUCUUCUCGUCCUCCUCUUCCUCGUCCUUCUUCUUCUUCUCUUGUUCCUCCUCCUCCUCCUCUUUCUUCUAUUUCUUCUUCUUCUCGACUUUCUUCUUCUUCUUCUCGCCAUUCUUCUUCUUCUCGCCCUUCUUCUUCUUCUCGCCCUUCUUCUUCUUCUUCUCGCUCUUCUUCCUCUUCGUCGUCUUCUCGCCUUUCUCACCUUUCUUCUUCUCGCCCUCCUCCUCCUCCUCCUCCUCCUUCUUCUUCUUCUUCUUCAUUAGUUUAUUAUAACUUUUUCUUUUUAUUAGUUACUAUCUAUCUAUCUAUCUAUCUAUCUAUCUAUCUAUCUAUCUAUCUAUCUCAGUUUGUUCAUUAUCUAUCUAUCUAUCUAUCUAUCGAUCGAUCUAUCUCUUUAUUCUAUCUCAUUCUGUUCAUAUCUAUCUAUCUACCUAUCUAUCUAUCUAUCUAUCUAUCUAUUUCUCAGUAUAUUCAUAUCUAUCUAUCUAUCUAUCUUUCUAUCUAUCUAUCUAUCUCGGACUUUUCAUUAUCUACCCAUUUUUUCUCAGUUUCUUCAUAUCUAUCUAUCUUUUUCUCUGUAUAUUCAUAUACCCUAUCUAUGUAUCUAUCUAUCUAUCUAUCUAUCUAUCUAUAUAUCUAUCUAUCUAUCUCAGUUUGUUCAUUGUCUAUCUAUCUAUCUAUCUAUCUAUCUAUCUAUCUAUCUAUCUAUCUAUCGAUCUGUCUAUCUCUUUAUUCUAUCUCAUUCUGUUCAUAUCUAUCUAUCUAUCUAUCUAUUUCUCAGUAUAUUCAUAUCUAUCUAUCUAUUUAUCUAUCUAUCUAUCUCGGACUUUUCAUUAUCUACCCAUUUUUUCUCAGUUUCUUCAUAUCUAUCUAUCUUUUUCUCUGUAUAUUCAUAUACCCUAUCUAUCUAUCUAUCUAUCUAUCUAUCUAUCUAUCUAUCUAUCAGUAUAUUCAUAUAUAUCUAUCUCGGACUUUUCAUUAUCUACCCAUCUUUUUCUCAUUUUCUUCAUAUCUAUCUAUCUGUCUAUCUAUCUAUCUAUCUAUCUAUCUAUCUCUAUCUAUCUCUUCCUCCGUCUAUUCAUAUCUACCUACCUAUCUAUCUAUAUAUCUAUAUUAA